AUCGACGGGACAGCGCAACGUCUUCAUUCAGUUGGCGGGAGCUCAAUACACCGGCAAGACAUCUUUGCUGGAAGCUUUGAUUCAAGAAUACGAACCUUCAGCUCUGCAGAAGUUCAAUGAGCAGAAAUCCAAUUUCAUGGCACAUCAUCAGCUACAGAUUGGAGAAAAGCCGAUCAGCAUUCUGGACUGCUCCGGAAAUUCCCGGGCGGCGCACUUGGUGAAAGAGCGCUUUGGUCGUUCCGUGUGGGUCUUCAUCGUCUAUGACUUGGCCAAAAAGGAAUCCCUGGACUAUGCCUUGGCGUUGAUCUUGGAGGUCCAUGCUGCUGGAGCCCGAGCGCUUCUCUUUGGGAACAAGUACAACGUGGACAAAGGUGCCCCGAUUCAGGUGGACGUUGCCGCAGCCAAAGAUGCUGCUGUCCGAGCUGAAGGGCAAGCGAUGGAAAGUUCCAAUCUCAUGGAGGCAGUCAAGUUCGCCAAUUCGGAGGAUGCUGGAGAUGGCCAGGGCGCAGAGGCUUCUCCAGAUAAAAGUCGGAGUUCCAUCUCCAUGGCCAUCGACUCCGUGAAAUCGUGGUUCGGUGGCGACCGGAGCAAAACCGGCGUCUUGAGGCCUUCGUUGAAGGGCACGAAAUCCAUGAAGCAGGCACGCAAAGAUGCAGAGCCUCAAGAUCUGCGUCCCGUCCAGGAGUUGCAAGAUUCUGAGUCUGCGGUGACGUGCAUUUGCUUCGGCCAAGAGCGCUUGCACAAGGCCUACGUCCUCUUGGCCACUGCCUCGAAGGAUGGCACCAUCGUGAUCUACCGCUGCUACCGAACUGAGAUGGAAAUCGCGAUGCUCUCAGACGUUGGGCCGUCGGACGGCUUCGACCCGCCGGCUGAUCAUUCCAACAUCGCCGUCCAUUCCAGAUUAGUGGGACACUCUCGAGCCAUCACGUCGAUUUUCUUCAACUUGCUGGAAGACCAGCUUGUGACAACUUCAAUUGACAAGUCGGUCCGUUUCUGGGGUGUGGACUCCGGCGAGAUGCUGAAGGUCUUUACGGAUUCAUCGCCGGUUCCGGUGGCCACAUUUUUACCGUUCAAUCCGCAGGUCUUCGUGGCGGCCAACUCCAACGCUGUUUUGAGACUCGUACAUGUUGGCAAUGGCAUGGUCUUGCAAAAGCUCAAGGUCGAAACCGAAGUGAGGGCUUUGAAGUUCGAUGACACCGGGCUCUUCCUGUUGGCCGGCACCAAGAGCGGCAGCAUUCACGUCUUGGAGGCCUGUGACUCCACCACCCUGAAGUUCAAAUUCAAGGUCAACUUGGCGAGGGGAGGCGUCACGUGCAUUACCUUCGUCCCUGCAGCCCAUAACCAGCCGCCAUGCUUGUUGGUGAACACCUCCGAUUGCUCGGCCACGAUCAUCGAUUGCACCUAUUCCACGGGAGUCCUGACCAAUCUCACCGUUCGACAUCGUGUCCGAGUGGCGCAUGAGCUUCUGCCGUUGAAGAAUUGCUACUCGCCCUCCGGCCAAGGCUACCUGAUCUCAGGCUCUGAGAACAAAGAGGUGCACAUCUAUGCCUUGGGGAAGGGCUCCAACUACAAGAUGCAAUACUUGAAGCACCACCAGG